GGUAAACGUUGUACAUUACACAAUAAUAAUAGGUAUGUGUAUUUUAAUAUUUAAACUAAUUGGGUCAGUAAAGACCUACCCCUAACCUCACCGUACACUUUAUUAUUAAACACAUGUUUGCCAUUUUUCAAAUAUUUUCUUCGUUUUAUUGAAAAUAACGCCUGUAUGAUCUGAUAUGUGAUGUGGAAACUGUAGUUCGGUAAAAGGAGGAUUCGAUCUUGCAUUCGUAUGUAACGUAAGCGUCAGCACUACUUGUCAUAUGUACUUACUACACUAAUUUCUACAUUAUUGUUCGGCCAUGAACAAAACUUCGAUUCGUGCACCCUUUCCCCGGGCCCAUAUACCUGUUCUGCAUACAGUGCCGGCGCAAUGGGGAGGGAAUUCGAGGGCCGUGCCCCCCCUAGCGGUCAUUGAUGCCCCUCCUACCACAGGCAAUGUCGUUGCCCCCAAAAAUAUCCCUUUUAGUUAUUCUGUUAAUAUUAAAUGUGCAAACUGUAUAUUCAUCGAAAUAAAAUGAAAUUAACGGGGAAAACGCAUGAUUUUGGUUGUUACAUACUGGUAACUGUUGCGGGAAAAUGGGCAUUGUCCCUUUAAGAAGCAUGGGGUUUGUAGUCCUGGCCGUACUGAUUGAUGGGAAAAGUAGUGCGGGUGCGGGGUAUUCACGUGUGUCACAGAAAAGCAGCAGACGGAGAACGGGAGAGUAUACAAGCUGCUUUAGAGGUUUUGUUGUUAUCUUUAUAAGUUCGUGAAACCACCCGGGAGUUCCAGCGAUUGUCAAAAGGUAUAGUGAUGAAUGGAGCUUUCGCUGACGAGAUCAAACAACGUGCUUCGUAAUAACUUUGUCGGCUCAUCAUUGUGAGAACAGAGCAAACUGAUACAGCUAACUUUAUCCGCGAUCGGAGAGGGGGAUUGACAAAAAGGUAACACGUGUCAGAGAUGGGUAAACUGCUUUUUUUUUCGUUUAGCCUCCACGACAGCCCUCCGCUGUGUGUGACUGAGUAAACUGUGUGCAUAGGGCUACCACAUAGCCUCGACUAAGUAAAAAUGAUAUGGAAAUUAAGAACAACAAGAAUAAACGAAAUUCGCAAAUAAUAAUGAAUAAAAAAACAUGUUUCGUUAUUUAUAGCAUUUCUGCUGUGUUGGACUAUAGGGAUGGGUACCGAAACUCGGUACUUUAUCGGUCCCGGCAGCCUGGUCUCAUAAUCAAAACGUACAAACUCAUACGUGAAGUGCAAUUGUACAAUUCGUUAAUAUUUGUACGCAUGCAAUGUUACUAUUGCGUACCAUUUGGACGCAAGGUAUGCGCUUAAAACGUACAUUAUUUUACGCUCCCGUAACUUGAAAUGCGUAUCAACAGUUACGCAUUCCACCCGUUGCAAUUUAAGCGCGAAUUUCAGGCAGUUAUCAAUUAAUUUACUUAUCUAUCCGUCGGUAUUUAAACUGACACUUUGUGGUGCCUUUAUUUAAAAGAAUUAACUUGACAGAUCUUUCACUGCCAUGUCAAAUUUAAAAGUAUUUUUGUGGGUUCCACACCGGACGCACAACGCCGCGUCGCCUCUUGAGCAUCAGAACUGUAAGAAGGAGAACCUCCGCCAGACGCCGAAAAUGGAAAACAAACUUCAGUAAAACUUCGUUGUGUGUACCAUUAUAUAACCGAUGUGUUCCAAUUUUGAAACAUGGCGUGAUGCGCGUCUGGUGUGCGAAACGUAUAAAUCUUGAAAUUUAAAAUCCGGGAUAUUUUCUCCCUUUACAGGAAGGAUAAAUGUGAUAUGCAAGUCGCCAUAAAAUUAUAAGAGAAACUUGAUAUGUAAAGUUAGACCUAUAAGUUUUUUAACCGAAUGUCCGCAGUUGCCCCCGGACAAUUUAUCGGCCGCACCCUGGGUGUUUAUUAGAUUGAUAUAGUGUGGUAAUUUAGAUUAUACGUUAUUUUCCCCAAUCUCUGGACCAUACUCCAACACAGUAGGUGGCGAUAAUGCACCUUUACGUUGGUGCCAUCCGCCAUAAAACCGAGGAGAAGAACUUAAAUUACACAUUUCUGUUAGUUUUCCUUCUCUGCCUCUAUACUCUGGUCAUUUACACUGUCUUUGCAUUAACGUUGGUUAUCAUAACUAUGACUUCUUGUGAUAAAGAUCAAUUAGAUGAACUGCUUAAAAAAGGCCAGGCAGUUACUGCAACGCUCAAUCGUAUUGACGAUAUAAAUCAAAUGGAUGGCCUGAUUUAAAAAAGGGCAAACUGAUGCUGCAAAGCUCAGCCAAGACUACUGCAGAACUGAGCUGGAUGAACUUCUGAAACAAGGUCAAACGAUUAUUCAAAACCUCAGCCAUGACGGUCCCAAAGUUCGACUGGACGAGGUCCUAAAUCAAAGCAGAGAGCUUACUAAACCAGAAUGACCAUAUGGUCCAUCCAGUUUCGGCAAAGAAAAAUUCAAGAAAGUCCACUUAUAAAGUAAGGUCAAGAAAGAGAGAUAAACCCAUAUUUGUGAAUAAAUCCAGACAAAUCCCCAAGCCAUCUAUAUCCACCCAUCAUGCUCGACUUUUACCAAUGGCGCUACCAGUUUCCAUCUGCCAGUGUGGAGAGAAAAAGUACAGUGUUGGAAAAGGAAGGUCCAUUACUGUUAUCAACAUGAAAGAUCGCUAUGAUCUUUCAAUACCCCGGCUUUACUGUGAAAGAUGCCAAGAAAAUUGGGUACCGGGUUUGAGAGAAGUUCAGGAUACUGGCUACUGGCCUGGCACAAUUAAUUUCAGCACACUUUAUGAUUUUGAAGUAUUCCUGUCCUUUGAGGAUUUGAAAAUGGCUGCCCCUGGAUUGUCUCGUUUAGCAUUCAUUAGAAUGCUUGACAUGAAGACGGCACACUAUGGCAGGAGUGGAAAUCUGUGUGGGGAUGCUUUUUACAAGAGCUUUCUUGAGUGGUCUAUCUGUCGAUAUGAAGUUGACAAGAUCUGUGGCGCACAACAUUUCAAGUGUACUGCUUGCACCCCUCUCAUGCUACCAGUUGCAGUCGAUGGCAACCGCAAACUUCACCGCUUCAAAAAGGCUGGAAAUUCAAAGGAAUCUGGCUACUUUGAUGGAGUGUUCCUCUGCAAGGAUGAAGAUGUUUCCUCGUUUGUUGAUGAUAUCCGCAAAAAAGUACCACAUGCACCUGGGAAAGGUGUCUGUGGAUCUGCAGAGUUUGCAGCUGCUAAAGAGUCUUCAAGAAAGAGCAGCAGUAGAUUAGAUGAGGAGGGAAUUGAGGUGGCUGUCUGCAGGCAUGGUGUUCUUUUGAGAGCACUGAAUAUGUUCAGAGGAGAGAUAUAUGCAUAUCCAUUGUAUCUGCAUAAGGAGCUUUGCACUGAAAAUGUCACAUUUUUCUGUGCUGACAUAAUGUGUAAAUACUGGCCCUACUUGAUCAAAGUGUGCAGGGUCUGCCCGGAACUAAGGAACCUUCUCCAUCAAAAGCCAUUCCUCUCAGUCAUGCAUGCUAAAGUACAUGGAAUAAAAUGUGAGAUCAAAUGGAGUGGUAGCUAUCAAACUGGUGCUGCCUAUACCAUGGGAGAGGAAGUGGAGCAGGCAAAUAGCUUUUUGUCAAGGAUUGCUAUAAGCACAAAGUUCAUGUCUAAAGCCGGUCGUACAGACAUGCUCACACUGCAGUGCAUUGGGUGGAACAAAAUCAAAGUCCAAAACAUGUGCAAAACUCUUUGCACAAGACAUAGGAAGACUCAGCAGAAUCUCAAAAAGGAGAAAGAAAGCCUUGAGGACAUGAAAAGUGAACUGGCCGUGGAUAAUGAAGUCAUCAAGCAGUGGGUCACAGAAGUGCAGGAGUGGGCCCACACUGCAACAUCUGGGGACAACGAUGUUCCUGUCGAACCAUUAAUGAACACGAUUGAGGAGAUGGCUGUCAGCAUCAAACAACGACGUCAUCAUCUUUACAGACACACCGCCACAAACAAAGGGAGAAACAAGAUAAGAAGAAAAAUCAAUUUGGAGAAAAAAAAGCUGGCUACUGCAAUUGAACAGCAUAAUGCUCUUGUUGACCCUUUGUUGAAGAUUGUGUCCAUUGAAGAUGUUCUCGAAACGGAUUAUGUUUUUCCAUGGCAGGUGUCAAGGCAAGACUCUGUCAAUCUCUUAACAAAGAAGAAGGUUUUUGACAAGGUCAUGCUAAUUCAGCGACUGGAGGAGGAACAGGUCAUUCUUGUCCAAGAGGCAAAACAACACUGGCUUUCUAUGCAAAGUCGGCAGGACAAGAUGACCAGUUUGCUUGACACAAUCAACGCUGGUGGAAACCCUUGGAAUCUUUCAGAAGAGGGGAUUCAAGGGCUUCACUGUAUGUUGCAGAGACGACUAGACCAGCUUACAGCUCACCGGGACACUCUAAAAAAGAGCUAUCAAAUGAUAGACAACAUGACAACUUGCAGUACUGUGGAAGAUGAAUACGUAAGCUGUCUGGAAGACCAUCUUUCCAGCAGUACUGAUCAGAGCUCUGAUGAAGAUGAUACAUCUGUUUAUUAGCAAUGUGUGUUAACAUUGUGUGUGUGGGUGUGAGCAUGUGCGUUCAUCUAUGUUUGUUAGUUUGAGGCAUGAGAAAAAAUAAAUAUUAAAUAGAUAUUUAACAAUUCUA